AUGAUUCGAUUUGGCAAAUGUGGACUCUUUGCUUCAGAUUCAAGGUUUGGGACAAAUAAACUCAAGUAUCCUAUCCAUAGUCUUGUUGUAUUCGACUCUGAGAAUAAGGUUAUUCCAGUUGCUUGGGUAAUUGCCCCGCGGUUUUCCCGUGGAGAUGCAUAUUGGUGGAUGAGAGCUCUUUGUAACUGA